AUGCAUAAGAUAUCAGUUGACAUUAUCGAUGUCAAUGAUAAUCCACCUAGUUUUCUGGAUGAAAAAUAUAAUUUGGAAAUACUUGAAUCUGCCACGACAGGAGCUCGAUUUCAGUUAGAAACUGCUCACGACCCAGAUAUAGGCACAAACGCCCUGCAGUCCUAUAAACUAAGUCAAAAUCAGUAUUUUCGCUUAGAAACGGAGGACUUGGGGGAUGAAGAUAUUAAUGAUAACGCCCCCAUUUGUAAUAAGCAAAAAUACACAGUGUUGGUGAAAGAAGAUGCUCCGGAAGGAACAUUUCUAUUGCGGGUCAAUGCUUCAGAUUCAGAUGAAGGAGUCAACGGGCAAAUAGAAUACUCAUUAAGGAACAAAUUCAGGAACGGAGCAUCUGAGGUUUUUGAUUUAGAUAGUUUGACGGGGGAGUUAAAGAUAAAAGGUGAGCUAAAUUUUGAGGAUAGGCAGGUUUAUGAGCUUAAAAUAUUGGCUGCGGAUAAGGGGGCCGUGUCCCUUUCUACACAGUGUAAUGUGCUUGUAAAAGUUGAGGAUGUUAACGACAACCAGCCUGAGAUUGAAGUCACCUCACUAUAUAGUCACAUUCCCGAGGAUGCGCUUCCUGGGACAGUCGUAGCUUUGAUGGGAGUUACAGACCUGGACUCAGGUAUGAACGGGAAGAUAAUUUGCUCUCUGCCUAAGGAUGUUCCCUUUGACCUAAAGCCGUCUUCUGAUGGCAACUUUUAUUCUUUGUUGACAAAGGAAUACCUCGACAAAGAAUCUAAAUCGUUUUAUGACAUCACAAUAACAGCCAAAGAUCUGGGGAAUCCACCACUGUCAUCUACAAGACUAAUUCAUGUCGACGUCACAGAUGUUAACGACAACAGUCCUGUAUUUAUUCAAAACCCGUACACGUUCUACGUAGUUGAAAACAAUAAACCAGGAAUCGCCGUUUUCUCGUUACGUGCAGAUGAUUUAGACGAAGGUGAAAACGCACGAGUCUCAUAUUCAGUUGAUCGCGUGAAUUCAGACCAAAGCAUGGCAACUUUCCUGAACAUUAAUGAGGUAAAUGGUACCGUCUACUCAUUGAAGAGCUUUGACUUCGAGUCUCAGAAAACAUUCCAGUUCUUUGUCGUGGCCAAAGACUCUGGAAGUCCGUCUCUGAGCAGUAACGUGACAGUGAACGUGUUUAUUCUGGAUCAGAACGACAAUGUUCCAGUGAUCUUAUAUCCAGUCAGUGCUAACGGUUCUGCUGAGGGUGUGGAGGAGAUUCCCCGCAAUGUGAACGCAGGUCAUUUGGUGACUAAAGUCAGAGCCUAUGACGCAGAUAUCGGAUACAACGGCUGGUUAUUAUUUUCACUGCAGGAAGUUAGUGAGCACCGUCUGUUUGGUUUGGACCGCUAUACAGGACAGAUAAGGACCCUUCGCUCAUUCACAGAAACAGACGAGGCCCAGCAGAAACUGGUCAUACUGGUCAAAGACAAUGGGAACGUGUCACUCUCAGCAACAGCGACUGUGAUUGUCAAAGUUGUGGAGCCCAAAGAGGCUUUUGCAGCUUCGGAUGUGAAAAACGCAGUAAAAGACGAGGAGGAAAACAACGUGACAUUUUAUUUGAUCAUCACUUUGGGCUCGGUUUCAGUGCUUUUUCUCAUCAGUAUCAUCGUGUUGAUUGUAAUGCAGUGCUCCAAAUCUACAGACUGUUCAUCCAAGUAUUUACAAGAUGCAAAUUACGACGGGACUCUGUGUCACAGCAUCCAGUACAGAUCUGGAGACAAACGGUACAUGUUAGUUGGACCCAGAAUGAGUAUCGGUUCUACUAUAGUCCCGGGCAGUAAUGGGAAUACUCUAGUGAUACCAGAUCGCAGGAGCAGGAGAGAUUCAGGAGAGAACCCAGUAGUUGGCGCCAUGCUUAACCAGUUGAGUCUUACCAAAAUAACUGAAAUCAUUUAA